AAAUCAUAAUCUGUAGGUACAUCUGUGUAAAGAAUAUUGUGAUUAUGCAAUCACAUUGUGCAGGAAUACCAAAUGAUAACGAUCCGAUCAACUUCAAGUUUGAAAUAGGUGACAGAGACGGAAGAAAAUGGAUAUCACAAAACAGAUCAUUGCAUGACAAUAUACCUGUACAACUAAAUCCCAGCGUAACGGAAGGUUGGGGGCUUGUGAGAUUAAAUAAUGAAGCCUUGUGGAGUUUUUACAUUUUAUUAGAUGACGGAAAAAAGAUGUACGUCACAUAUAACUUCAACAGCGAUGACGUUACUCUAGAAGAGUUAGAUGACAUCACGCAGAACAACGGAAAAGGAAGAUUUUUUUAUAUGCUACCUCAACCAAACUUUGGGAUGUUUCUGCGGGCUCAAAAUUCACGUGAUAGAUACUUACGUAACAGCGAAGAAAAGUUAGAAAUGACAACAUCUGAAAAUCCUACUGAUGAUAUGGAAUGGUUCAUUACACCUUCUUUCGAAGAUAUUACAGCUGUGCUGUCUUCCUAUUUUGUUGAAAUUGAAAAUGAUACCAUUUCAAAUAAAUGGGUGUGCCAAGAUGCACGAAUAAACGCACCAAUCCAAGUCCAACAAACCAGCACUUUGCAGGAAUGGCAGCUCAGCCCUGACAGUGAUCUGAGUUGUGAAUUUUCAGCCGGAAAUUUUUAUGCAAACAGUCAACUAUUGUUUGGAUCAGCCCCAGCGGAUUUUACAGUGCAUCGGAUUGGAAGUGUAAUGAGCUUAAAAUGCAAAUCUAAUAAUGGAUACGUAGUCGCCCCAGAGAAAAGUGGCGAUCUUUACUAUUCAGCAACAGAGAAGAAUUCUACUUUUUGGAAAAUAGUCGGGACAAGAAUGGUCUGGAAAUACAAAAACAAAACCAUCAUUUUUCCAUAUUACCCAAUAGAAGUAAAGCAGACAAAGGAGUAGAUCAAUAUAAAAUGUCUUAUUUUUAGUUUAAAAAUAAAAAAAUUUCCUGUUUCAUAAACAUAUUCAGAACUUGCCCCAUAGCAAUUAGUAAUCAUGUAGCCGGUAUUGUUAGCCCUUGUGUAUGGUCCAAACAAGAAACAACACUUGAUCGUUAUAGCUUAUUGUUUCAAAGGAAAUUAAAGACAAAAACUAUUGCGUCAUUAUUUAAUGUUAUUUUGCAUAAAAUACAAAAUUGAACCUAUAUGCAAAAAUAAUGCAGCAAAUCAAGAAAGUUUCAAUGGAAAUAUGAAGGAUUAUUUAACAUGAAAAAAUUUGACGAUUGAUUGAUAUAGUUUGAAAAAUCUUUGUUUAUCUCUUCGAACAGCAACACAUGUGCACCAGUGUUUAAUUACAUCGUUACAAAAUCAUACACAAACAGAAGUUCACAUUUAAAAUAAAUUUCUUCAUGUUCUUUUUAUUAGAAAUUUAUUUCUGGGGUCACCCUGUAAAUGAGAGCCAAACCACUAAACGUGUGUCCUAUUGUAACAUUUCAGAUAUUGUUAUAUUUGAAGUUCUAGAAGUGUGUUCACGCCUAUAUGGCGUGUAUAGUGUUGAUAUUAAUGGAAAUAUAGCUUCAUUAUGUAAAUGCCAAUUAUCUUCUUUUGGAAGUCUUGCGAAUAUAUAUAUAUAUAUAUACAUUUAUGCUGUUUGAAAAACUUGACUUCUUUAAAUCUUUGUCAAGAAUGACAAGUGCUUUUGAAAUCUUCACUUGUGGCUAUUUAUAGAAUUGUCAAUUACAUACCUUAUGUCAAACAA